AUGUAUUUUGGAUCUAAAUACGUUUAUAAAUAUGAAAAUUCAUCUGACGAAUCAAUAUCUGAUGAUGAAGCUGAAACCUUCAAAGCUGACAGUUUAUUUUGUGCAGCACCAAGUUCAAAUCGAGAGGAGGCCGCUGAGCUAGAAUUAGCUGUGCCUGGUGCUGCUGCCGUCACUGCUGUAUCUUCGACUGCUCAUAAACGAAAAAAACGUUUGCGAAAAGCUGAUACAAAUGUACUUAGUGUAAGAUUUGAUCGAUUACUUCACCCCGGUGAAAUGCAUGCUGGUGAUCCAGUUUAUUGUACUGAUUGUGGCGCUAUUGCUUCACAUUUGAGUAAAAUUCAAAAUGAAGAAAAUCAAGAAUCAAAAUGGCAAUGCGAAUUUUGUCCGAAGUUAAAUAUAGUUGAUAUUGAACAAACUGAUUUACCGAAAAAAGAAGAUGCCACAUAUUUAAUUGCACCAGCACCUAUUGUACAUGGUUCCGACAUGACUGGUGUUGAUGAUUCAAUUGUUAUUUUUUUAAUUGAUAUUAGUGGUUCAAUGUCAUCAACAACAUUAAUAAAAGGUGCAGUUAACUUACCAAAUGCACUCCGACAACAAGAACGUGCUGCGGCUAAUUUUGAUGGUGUAAAUAUGAUUCGACAACGUAAUCAAACAUAUGUGUCACGCUUACAAGGAGUACAAAUGGCUGUCGAUGCUAAUUUGGAUAAACUUCUUAAAGAUGCACCAACACGACGAGCAGCUUUAUUAACAUUUAAUCAUGAAAUAACUUACUAUGGUGAUGGUACAAGAGAUGAACCAUUAGUUAUCCGAGGUGAUAAAUUAAAUAGUGCUGAUGAGUUAAUACGUGAAGCUGAACGUGAAUUAAAUAAAGAAUUAAAACCUGUUUCACAAACGAAAACAAAUCUUACGGAACGUGUUUAUGAUCUUGAAGAAGGUGGUCAAACAGCGCUCGGUCCUGCCGUUAUGUUUGCACUUAAUAUUGCAUCACAACGAAAAGGAUCAAAGAUUGUUAUUUGCACUGAUGGCUUAGCUAAUCGUGGUUUGGGAAGUUUGGAAAUGGCACAAGAUGAGAAAGUUGAUGAAGCUGUUAAAAUGGACGCACUUUCCGAAGGAAAUCGAUUUUAUUCUGGAUUGACUGAACGUGCAAGAGAAAAAGGUGUUAGCAUUUCGGUUAUUACCAUUGCAGGUACUGCUUGCUUACUUCCUGUUAUUGGACAAAUGGCUGAUGGCACAAGUGGCAAUGUAACAAUUGUUGAUUUAUUAAAUAUACGUGAUGAAUUUGCAUCAAUACUUGAACAAAAAGUAAUUGCAACAAAUGUUGAAGCAACGUUAGUUCUUCAUCGUGGUUUAUAUAUACGUGAUCCUGAUAAUCCAGACGGUAAACUUGAUAAAAUAAAACGCGAUAUCGGCAAUGUAACUAAACAAACUGAAGUAUCAUUUGAAUUUGGUAUCCGACAUAAGCAAGAAUUAAAAGACAAAUAUAACAUCGAUCUCGAUCAAAUAAAACAAUUACCAUUUCAAGUACAAGUCAUUUAUACAGCUGCUGAUGGUAAUAAAGCAUUACGUGUAUUAACACAAUUAAAAGAAACAACAGAAAAUCGAGAAAUAGCUGAAGUAAAUGCUUAUCGUAGUGUUAUAGCUGAUAAUCACAUUCGAAGUACAGCUGCUCAAAUGAUGUUGUCAUUAGAUGAGGAUGAUGACGAACACGAGGAUGAAGUACGUAUAACUUCCAAAUGGUCGAAACCUAUCAUGCAAAAACAACGCAUGGCCUAUAUGGAUAAUCUUAAUAGAAGAAAAGGUGCCGAUAAAUAUAAUGAUGAUGAAUUUAAUGAAAAACGAUGGAAGAAAACAAGUAAUGUACUAAAUGAGCAUGUUGUUUCAUCAAAACCAAAUAAAAGUUCUGUAUCAAAAACUUCAUCGAAAUCAAAUGAAAGUCCGUCUCUAUUCGGUCGAUUAUCACGUAUCAUAUCCGGUACAACCAAUGAAGCAGCUUCGGAAGGUGCAGCUAGUGCAUCUUCAACAGCAAAUCCUCCAAAAAGAAGUUAUGGUUUUGCAACAAAAAAACUUGCUCUUUAUUCUGAUAAGAAGUCGGAAGAUCUUUAUAAAUUUAAGAAUAUAUCAUCAAGUUAUAUGCGAUCAUCAAGUCCAACACAUGAAAACAAUGAAUCAGAUGAUGAAUCAAAUACUGGUUCAUCUACAGUUGAUAAAAAAGAUGAUGAUAAAGAAAAACCAGACUCAUCCAAAAAUCGACGUCAAUCAAAAAAAUAA